CUAAUUGUGUGACCCCUUUGUAAUGCUUUGUGUGUGAAAUGAAUGGUUUUUCAAUAAUAGUAUAAAUCUAUUGGCAAACAAAUGGCAGCAAUUGAUUGACACAAACAGUGGAUCCAAACAUAUUGUUUGUCGACAACAAUAUGUCCGAUGAUAUGAAUACACCGUUAGAGUCGUCAAUGGAUUCAAGUGUUUGCCAUCCGUUGACUAUUCAAACACAGAUGACAUCGAGAGAACUAAAUGGACAGUCGAGUCAGUCUUCGCAGUUUACGCCGGCAUCGAUGUCGUCGUCCACACUGUCGGCAGUGACCACUCCGGCCACUUCUCCCAUAUCGACGCCCACCGGUAGCAAUAAAGGCUCGUCUAAGAGAAGUCAGGUGUUUUCGUCUUCAUCGAAGAGGGACAGCAUUGAUGGCCAACAAACACAGCGAAGGAGUUCAUCGAGAAGUAUCAAACGCAAGAAGUUUGACGACGAGUUAGUCGAAAGCAGUAUUACAUACCCGAAGACUCAACGUUUGAGAACGAUGUCUAACAGUCUUACCGUCAGUACCGGUGGUAAGGGUGGACCACCAGUAGCAUCGAUGGUCAGUCCAUUACCUAGUGGUCUGUCAACACCAACGCUAGAACCGGCGGCUAAAAAAGUAAAGCCAUUGGCGUCGUCCGUAUCAUCCAAGAGACGCCGUUAUCGGAAUGCACACAACAAUGCAAUGAAAGAUAUCGGCCGAUGGAAACCAACCGAUGAUUUGGCUCUUAUUUUGGGCGUUCAACAGACAAGCGACUUGGAUUGUGUCCACCAAAGUGUCAAGUUUUCGUGUAAAUUCACUCUUCAAGACAUUGAGGACCGAUGGUAUGCACUGUUGUAUGACGCGACCAUUGCCAAAGUGGCCGUCGCCGCUAUGAGACAACUGCAUCCAGAUAUCAUAACACAGGUUCAGUCAAAAGCAUUGUUCAGUGAAACGGAAGAAGCAAUUCUUAAACAGAUAUCAUCGACAAGUCAGCCAACGUUAGAGACAUUUGAACAGUUAAUGUUCAAACAUCCCGAUGUGUUUUUACCUCAACGAACCACAAAGUCAUUGUCAAAUCAUUGGACACUUCUUAAACAUUUUCAUUUAUUAUCUGAUCAAACGAUACAUCCAUUGCCACGACAUGAAGAAGUGAUUAACUUUUGUGAUGCAGAAGAACAGGUCGAUAAAGAAUUACAGCAACAGUUGYCAACAUUGGUAGCAAAUAAUGUUAAGGAAGAGACUCUACAACAGGAACUAGUGUUUAGUGACAGAAAACUUAAGCGUGAGAUACGAUUGCUUGAGAACGAGAUCCCUAAAUGGCAGGUCUUAGUUGACAGUAUUACAGGAGUCGCACCGUCCGAUUUCGAUAACCAGACACUGGCUGUUCUUCGUGGACGACUUGUCCGAUAUCUGAUGCGCUCGCGUGAGAUUACAUUAGGUCGCUGUACUAAAGAUACUGUUGUCGAUGUAGACCUACAGCUUGAAGGUCCGGCCACGAAGAUAUCGCGCAAACAGGGAAUCAUAAAAUUGCAACCAAACGGUGACUUUAUUAUUGCCAAUACUGGCAAACGUCCCUUUUAUAUAGACUCGAAGCCAGUACUGGGAUCCGGUAAUUGUCUAAAAAUUAGCAAUAACUCAGUCGUAGAGAUCGCUGGUCUUAGAUUUGUAUUUCUUAUCAAUCAAGACCUGAUCGCUGCUGUCAGGGCUGAGGCACUCAAAAAUCAAAUGUAAUUAAUAAUUAUUAAAAGAGAAAACC